AUGUUGUAUCAUCCAAAUCAACCAGAUAGAGACAUUCCUUUUACAUCAAAUAGAGCAUUCUAUCGUUAUGAUGGUAGUAAACGAAUUUGGUUAACUUAUAGUUCCAAACAUUCAGCUUUAUUUUGUAGUAUAUGUCUAGCGUUUGGAACUUUGUGUGACAAAAAUACAUUUACAGUAGGCGUAAAUGAUUGGCGACAUAUUUACCAACGUAUUGAAGAGCAUGAAAAAAGUAAAACACAUGGUAAUAGUGUAGAUGCUUACUUCUUGAAAAAUAGUAGUAGUUCGGUUGAUCAAUUACUUAUAUAUGAUCAUUGUAAUUUGAGAAAAAAACAAGUAGAUGAAAAGAGACAGGUACUAACAAGAAUCAUUGAUAUAAUUAAAAUGAUAGGAAAACGUGGACUUAGUUAUAGAAGAACAAGUUCCAAUGAAGCUGCGUAUACCCUAAAUGACCAUACAAUAGACCAUGGCACAUUUCUUGAAACGGUUAUUUUAUUAAGCAAAUAUUACCCUAUUCUAAAAUUACACGUUGACUCUUCAAUUGAAAAAAGUAAAUUAUGUCAUAAUUCCGGUUCUAAACAAGGAGGUGGUACCUUAACGUUUCUAUCUAAGACUACUGUAGGUUAUAUAUUGGAUACUUGUUCUUCUAUGAUAAAAUCUAAUAUUUCAAAAGAAGUUAUCGAGGCUGCAAAUAUUGAUAUAUUAAAUUGCGUGGGAAAUUCAACUGAUGGAGCGGCUAAUAUGCAGGGGCAAUAUAGAGGGUUUUCGGCAAAACUCAGUGAAACGGGGGCUACCCAACUACAUAUUUGGUGCUAUGCACACGUCUUGAACUUAGUCAUUUGUGAUGUUACUGAAAAUAAAGUAGAAGCAUUAUCUUUGUUUGGUUUACUCAAUAAUUGUGCUGUAUUUAUUAGAGAAUCAUACAAAAGAAUGGAUAUUUGGUUAGAAAAGUGUUCAAAUAAACGACUUGGUACCAUUGGACAAACUAGAUGGUGGGCAAAAGAUAUCGCUUUAUCAAAAAUAUUUGGACAUUUUAAUGAACAAGAAAAUAGUCUUUAUAUUGAGUUAAUAACAACGCUAGAAGAGAUAUACACAGAUUCUAAUAUUAAAUCAGAUAUACGCUACAAGUCAAAAGGUUUAUUGGAAUCUCUUUGUAAAUACGAAACUAUUUUAACAGCCCAAACAUUUUUACGUAUCUUUAAAUACACCACACAUUUAUCAAAAUAUUUGCAGACGCGAGGUCUAGAUUUAUUACAAGCUCAUAGAAUGGUAACAAAUACAAUAAUUAGUAUUAAAGAUAUAUCUCGAGAUUUUUCCGCCACCAAAGAAGCGGCAGAUAAAUUCGUCCAAAGGGCCAAUAUAAAAUUAGAAUUACUUGAAAGUAAUUUAACUGUAGAAGAUAGUUUUCCAGAAGUUCGUCAACGUAAAAAAAAACGUUUAUUCUCUUAUGAAUCUGAAGAUGAACAAAGCAUUAAUCGUAUUUAUAAUUAUGAAUCAAGAAUUGCAGGAUUUUGCUUUAAAAUGGGAAACAUUGAGUUAAAGUUUGACAGAAGAGUAUUACAACACCAAAUCAAAUAA